AUGGAUGUGCCGCGACGUUUAACACGAGGACGAGGACCUAAGGCGUCUGAAACAACAGCUCCCAUAUCAUCUACCAGACCAUCGAGGGCCACUGCAGCAGCAUCAUCAUCAGCUGCGACGACGACAGCUGCACAAGCAUCAUCCGCUUCCACAGUGGGAGGCCGCCGUAAGACGGCUGCCAGUACAGAAGCCUUGACAGAUAUUACCGCGAAUAGAAGAGUAACCCGAACAUCACCUUCACGUGUAACACGCACAUCACCGGUCAGACGUACACGUACCUCUCCAGCCCGUUCAUCUAGGCCACGUUCAACAAUACCCACUGUAACUGUUAUACCCGUUACGGUGGAAGCCCGUAGCGAAAAAGAAGCUGUCAAGGAAAAGGAGUCUUUGUUUCAGGCAAACCUAUCCCAUACCAAUUUGCCUGCAACACUAACCACAAAUACUGCAACAAAGGCUCCAAAUCGUGCAACGACAACAACAACAUCAUCGGUACAAAGUACCUAUCAAAGUUCGACAACUAUACAAACCGUUGAGAUACGUACCUCCAGUGGUGAACAAUCAUCGGAUAUAGCCAAGCUGACAGAUUAUUUACGACGAUCCGUAUCGAAGACAUUCUCUUUGGGUGGUGCUGGCGGAGAUGAGAGACGUGAGGGUUCAUAUACACCCAGCCAGCGUACAGAUGGCGAAAGUCGUUACAGCCGUUCGGUGUCACGUUCCGUUUAUGAUGGUGAAGGUGGUGGUGGACGUUAUUCAAAGGCGGCGGAAUUUUCCGAUACAGAGGAAACAAAUGAACGUGACGAUGUCAUCCAUGAAGAAGAUGAAGGUGCUGCUGGAGGUUAUUAUGAAGAUGUGCCGGAGGAGGAGAGAAAUUUCAAAAGUUUUAAUGCCAACAAUGCCAAGACCAGCAGUUCGGCAUUUUGCCGCAAAUUACCAAUACCCAGUGAAUUUGGUGGUUGGUUGGGCGUUACUUUGUUAAUGGUAUUCGCGCCCCUUGUGGUCUAUUAUUUACAAUGGACUUGCAGUGAUCGUAAAUGUGAAUUUAAAAUACCGAACUAUAAUGCCCUAUUGGAUACAAAUAGUUGGUUAUCAAACAUUUUCGAUCUCGAAGCAGUGGGUGUGUUUUUGGCCUUCAAUUUUGGUGUAUUCAUAUUAUCAGCUGUAUUAUUUGGCCGUGGAGUGCGUUUACCGGGUUCUAUAGAAUAUAAAUUUAAUCUACUGCCCAUGACUGCUGUCCUCUCCGUGGCCUAUGCUGUGGCCAUAUAUUUGCAAUAUCCAGUGGCCGAUUUUAUUAUCAAGAAUUUCCAACGUUUUGGCAUUUACGGCCUAUUGAAUGCCUAUGUAUUGGCUUUGUGGGCCUAUUACCGUUCGGAUUUGUUGAAGCAGCAAGAUUCCCAAUGUAACAUCUAUGCCAAAUCCGGUAAUUUCUUGAUUGACUAUGCCUUGGGUAAACAACUCAAUCCCAAAUGGUUGGGAUUGGUCGAUUUUAAAUUGGUAUUCUAUCGUGUUUCAUUGUUGAGCACUUACCUCUAUGUGGUAUCACUGCUGUACAAGAAUAUCCAAACCCCCUGGUUACCCAAGGAAGUGGAAGGUGUGCCGGAGGUGAUUUCAUAUUUUGUGAAAAACUUAAAAUUCGAUACCACUUCCCUGCUGUGUAGUGGCCUGCUAUUGUUCUAUGUUUUGGAUAACAUACUCUUUGAACAUCAUUUGGCUUCGUCGUUUGAAAUGCAAGGUGAAGGAUUUGGUUGCCUACUGCUUCUACGUUAUGCUGCCACUCCUCUGUUAUGGACUUCAGUGGCAAAAUAUUUUGCCGAACAUCGUACACCCUUGAAAUGUCAAUUUGCCAUUUAUAUACCCAUCCUGCUGCUGUUAGUUGGUUUAUCUUUGAAACGCUUUAGCAAUGCGAUUAAAUAUAAAUAUCGUGUCCAACCGAAUCAUCCACAUUUUGCGAACAUCGAAACCAUACAUACCUUCCAGGGAAGACGUUUGCUAUUGGGUUCCCUGUGGGGUCGUAUACGUCAACCCAAUUAUUUGGGUGAUAUUUUAUGUUUGGUGGCAUUGGCUCUUCCCCUGGCCGUGGACUUUGUGUGGCCACCAUUGAUUAGUUUACUCUUGAUUGUGGCCAUUCUCAUUCAUCGUUGUUUCCGUGUUAAUGCACGCAAUUCGGCACGUUAUCAUUCGUCGUGGGUACGUUAUCGUAGUAUAGCACGUAACUAUUUAAUACCGAAAAUAUUUUAA